AUGAAUGCUCAAGCAAAAGGAAAUGGUUUCAAGCUCAUUAGACUUAUAGUAGAGCAAGGAACUGAAGCUUUAAGAAAUGCGCUGGAAGACAUACAUCCUCCUGCCAGGCUACAAGGAGUUCUUAUUGCCAACAAAAAAUCGCUUUUAAAGUUAAAUCCUCGGCUGAUUAAUGACGUCCAGUGGAAUUUACUGUUUCCUCCAUCCGGCAACCCACCUGACUUAAAAUCCUUUGAUGUCACAUUACUUACUGUUCUUUUACGGCACAUUUCAUGUUAUUUACUCCGUCCUGCAACAGAGUGGGAUACGAUGCCUCCGGACACAGAUAGAUCUAUUCAAGCGAAUGUCGUAAGAAUAAAAUUGUUAAAAAAUGAAGUUUAUACCUAUAUUGACUCAACCGAAAUAGAUGAAGCACAAUUUGAGGAUUUAUGGCAACAAAUAUCUCAGGCAUUGGUCGACUUGAAGAUCCCACAAGCAGAUAUCGAUAUUAUGAAAACCUGUAAUGUUAGUUCCCGAGACGAAAACAAUAUCGAGAUACUUAAGAAAUGGUUCUUAAUAGAAAAAAUUCAUAAGGAUAAGCCGGCGAAACAUUCAUCUCGAAUUACCAGGAGAUUAAAGAAAAGAAGAAAAGGUAAAUUCAAGUUAUUUCGUUUACCACUAUCAAGUUGAGAUUGUCUAAUAUUACGUUUCUGUAUUAUUGCAUGGACGACAAACCUUAAUUAGUUCAAAUUUUAUGUUUGCGGUUAGUGUAGUUUUUCAUUUUAAAUAAUAAACAAUUUCUGAAUCAGUUCUCUUUCGUGACUAUUGAGAAUACGUUAUCCUACUUAAUUAAGCUAAAAGAGGAUGUUGCAACGAAUCUUCGGCCGGAUGUCAUGCAUUACCUGCAAGAUCGCAAACCAUACAAUGUUUUAGUUAGGUCAUUCCUGCAAAAAAUUGACGGCAUGUAACUAUAGAUAAUUUUAAAAUUAUUCUUCAUAGAUUUAUUCGCCAUGUAGAAGAAUUUAAAUAGCGACAAAACGAUUUAAUUAUUUCUUUAGCUAUAAAAGUUUCUUUUCAAAACCUGCAAUCUGGCCAUCCUUUUUUCUCGCGGCGAAACGGGCGGAAGGAGAAUUAUUAAGGCCUGCAUAUAAAUGUUUUAAAAGUUCUAAUUGCAGUACAACCAGAUUUCAGUUGUAACACUGAUUGGCCAAAAUCUGAAUGUAAAUAAGCUCGUAACUGAAAUCCUGAGAAGAACUUGAUCCGUGCGCAAUAUAAAACAAAUUUUGACCGCCCCCUAUUUACACAAACUUCCUGAAGCCUUAAUUAUUUCCCCAGAAUUACGACAUCUUUACAGACGGACACAAAAUCGAGAUCUCGGCAAUACAUAACUCGAGAAAAGAAAAAGUAAACGGGAUAAUUUAUGUUAAGAAUAGUGUGCUGCCUUCGGCAGCAAUAUAUUGUUUACGUUUUUGUUUGGAUACUGAAUAAUUAUAGACCACACUCUGUAUGUUAAAAUUGUAACUCUUGUCGAAGUUUGAACAAUGUUAUAUAUUCAACUGCAGUUUCUACUAAUUGACAAUUCCCAUUAUAGACUCAUUAUAAAACUAAGCAAGGAGAUGCCAGCACAGCUAGAAAGAGCAUGCUAAAAUUAGUAAAAUUACAAAGUUUGGUUGCGAAAUGUUAUAAAAUGAGGAAAAUAUAGCCUUGCAAAGUUUGCAAAUGUUGAACACUUUUGUCUUGCGUGCGAAAAUUCCUACCACAUUGCUACUACAUUUGGUCCGAAAAUGGUAGGAAUUUCCGCACGCAAUACAAAAGUGUUCAAAAUUUGUAAACUUCGCAAGGCUAUUUUUUCGCAUUUUACAACAAUUUGCAACCAAAGUUUGCAAGUUUACUCAUUUUAAUUUGCUCUUGGCUGCGGUGAUUUAUUUGCAUCUUCUGCCUAGUUUUUUAACUGUUUAACUUUAUGUUCUGGUUUACAUCGUGCUAUAAUAGUAUGAAGUCUAGAGCUUGGUGCAAUUCAUUUUUGUAUUGUCACUACCGCCAUAGGCUAAGUUUUUCAAAAACUUUUGGGAAGAUUUUUUAGUUCAAAAAAUCUGCCCGCUUUCAAGGGCUGAGGACAGCCAAUAAAAUUGCUUUCGAUAAAGCGAAUAGUGUGGAUAGUGUGGAGGUGAAUAUCCUUGGACUAUUCAUCGACACUGAGGUGAAUGAUUGUUUUAGCAUAUACCAAAACGAAAUAAAAAUGACCAAAAACAACGAAAAUAUUUUUUAACCAAUUUGUAGUUCAAUUCCCGUAAUACUGUCGUUGUAAACAAAACAGAACUUACAAGCUUUUAGUAAUUUUAUUCAUCAGAAAUACUUCACAAAAUACCUGUGCUCCCCGUUAUAUAAACAAACCUUUGUGACUUUCUUCGUGUUUGGCUAAACCACAGCUUCGUUUAGUACAAUCGCAAAAAUUGCUCGUCCGGGAGGUGAACAGUGCAAGGGAAUCCGGAGCUGAGCAACCAAUCGAAUUUUGCGAAAAGCAACUGCAACCUCCCGAGUACAUGCUAAUAAUUGUUAUCCGGACACUAUCACGAAUAGCAAACAUGCAAUUCCCUUUUAUGGCUUCCCAACUUGGCUAGUAUAUUCUUAUGCACGUAUAUAUUAAUUAGGGUGGAGAGAUUGUCAUGCACCUCCCCUGGCAUCUGCUACAGCAAUACAAUGUAAAUAUUCAGUGCAAUUAUGUAGGCCUACUGUUACUAUCAACUAACAUCUUUGUUUUUCAUUUCAUAGGUUCCUGUUCCAGCAGAAAGACGAAUGCGUUUUUUGACGACUUUGUUUGCGAUUAUCUCGCAAAACAUAUCGAAGCUCGACAUUUGGUUACAUUAAAAGAGGAGGGUCUCAUUCUGCGUUUUAAUAAUGUAGAUAACAUUAGCUCUAUUUACUGGGAUUUUAAAAAAAAAGAUAGCAGAAAAUUGAAGUUGCACUUGGAGAAAAAGAAGAAAUGUCUUCAAAAUAUCAUGGCGCAAUUCGAAAAAAAAGGUUUACUGAAGAAAGUCGGUGCUGGGAAAAGGUGUGGCGAAAAAUAUCUCAAAUAUGAAGUAAAAAAUAGUAAAAUAUGGAGUUCACUUUCAAAGAAGUAUUCAGUUCAGAGAAAUUCUCGUAUUAGUGCACCGCCAAGGAAACUUCAUCAGGUAUUUAAAUUUAAAUCUCGUCCGUGCUGUUUAGGUGGGCUAGCUUUUCGCCAGAAUAAUUCUUUUGAAUUUAAAUAAUUAUGAACAAAUUGCAUCAUUCAUCAACAGGAAAACCCGCAUUAUUUUCCUAGUAAAUAUUUAAGAAGUAGAACUAUUAUGAUAAUAUUGCUUUGUUCCUCUGGUAUAUUCCUUCCUACUUUCUGAUACAUUAUAUUUUUGGCUAAAAAGCAGAGAUAAAGCGGGGGGAAACACAGACACGUUGUCCGUUAUAUCCCACUUACCGUAUAUUAUAAUGUACAGAAAUCAUAAACGAAGCAGUCAUAAUUUUCAUAGUAUACACGGAUUUAGUUUGAUGAAUCGCUGUUUGACUUUUCAUUUUAACUAUCGUCUGAUCGUCCUGUUUUAAAGCAUUCCACCCAGGAAAAUUGGGAUUAUGUAAAAAGCUCCUCGAUCUUUUAAAUUUCGGUUCAGUAUAAUAUAGCCUACGAAUUUCUUGCCUCUGAUAUUCCAAGCGUAAGGUUGUUUCAACAUGACGUAUUAGGCUAUUAAUUACGACAACACUGAACGCAUGUUGCGUUGUUCGUAUCAUGGUUCGUAUCAAUAUACUAUCAUUGUUUUUUAGUUUUAAAAAGCGGCAAAAUAUAAACAAAAGAUUAACACUUUAAACUAUAGAACUUUCUAAGAUACUAAUUGGAUAAGGACUGGUAUGCUAUUUUGCAUUUUAUGGGCUUUAUUUUAAUGUAAAAUGCAACACAGUUUCUUUUGAAAUAAUCAUUGAAACUGGCCGAUAAACAUUUACUAAUAAACUAUUACUAACACAAAUGAAUCAAACUUUAACUUUAUAGAAACAUGAGAAUUUUUCCGAGGAAAGCGAUAGUGGGAAAUCGAAUAAACCAACUGAAGACACAGCAG